GACUGGAGGGUCUCGGAGAGGUCAGGCCAGAGAGCGGCCCUGAAGACUUCAUCAGGCUUUCACAGCGGCUUGUUUUGCUCUCUGCGUGUAAGUGUCGAUGCUGUAGAGACUCGUGUGCUUCACAUCUGUGUUGUUUACACAGUCUAAAGUAACGUUACCUAGGAGGCUUUUUUUUUAUCCACAGUAGGCGCCUUCUGACUCGAUUUGUACGAUUUUCUGGCAUCGUUCCCAACUGAACACUGGAACAGCAUUAGAGCUCCGAUUUUAAUCGUUUGCAGUAAAGGGUUGGCAGGUUUGGCAUGUUUAAGGAGUUUAUGUAUACACGCACCACGUGUUUUUACGUGAGCUGAGACGCUUGACAGUUGUGGCGAACGAGUCGUUUAGAAGUUGAUUCCUGAAUCGGUUGAAUCGAGCGGAUCUCGAGUCAAGAACUCCUCGGACAGAGAAAAGAUACUCUUAAUGUUAACAAAUGUUUCAGACUUUCGUCAGCAGACCUGUACCAUGAAACGAGUCGUAGGGUGCAGUCAGAGGCUAUGAGCAGCAACGAGUGCUUUGGUUGCGGCCGUUCAGGCCACUGGAUCAAGAACUGUCCGAACGCUGGACGUGGCCGUGGAAAGGGCCGUGGCAGAGGGAAAGAUCUCUUCUGCUAUCGCUGUGGAGAGCCAGGCCACGUCGCCAGGGACUGUGAGAGGACCGAGGAUGCGUGCUACAACUGUGGCAGAGGCGGCCACAUCUCCAGGGACUGCAAGGAGCCCAAGAAGGAGCGCGAGCAGGUCUGCUACAACUGUGGUAAAGCUGGACACAUGGCCCGCGACUGCGACCACGCCAACGAGCAGAAGUGCUACUCCUGCGGCGGCUUCGGACACAUCCAGAAGGGCUGCGAGAAAGUCAAGUGCUACAGGUGCGGAGAGAUCGGACACGUCGCCGUACAGUGCAGCAAGGCCAGCGAAGUCAACUGCUACAACUGCGGGAAAUCUGGCCACGUGGCGAAAGAAUGCACCAUCGAGGCCACCGCUUAGCCCCGUCUCCUCGUUCGCCCCUCCUUUUUCUGAUUGAUGGUUGUAUUAUUUUCUCUGAAUCCUCUUCACUGGCCAACGGUUGGCAGAUAGAGGCUAUUCCCAGGCCAGUGAGCUCUUGACAUGUAAAAGGAGGAAAGGGGUGGAAAAAAAACUUUCCACUUUCUGCAUUUAAUACAAAAAAAUGUUUAUGUUUAGUUUGGUAGAGGUGUUAUGUAUAAUGCUUUGUUAAAGAACCCCCUUUCCAUGCCACUGGUGAACAGGGACGUGUGAGAUGUGUUGAGUGGAAGAGCGUUUGUCGAGUAGGCCUCUAGAGGCUCACGGCCUCGGAGAGAAAAAACACGAACCAUACAGAGAUCAGGGAAGCGCUCGCUUCUGAAUGAUUUGCAUUUUUUUGUUUUAGCAGUGAGACCGAGGUAGCCUACGAGUGAUUGACCUGGAAAAGCAGCACAGGACACAUACGGUCGGGUCUAUCCGGGCCAAACCAGCAGCACGCAGCUAUGUGGAGAAAACAACAACAACAAAAUACAAAACGUGUAACAUAAAGCGUACAUCUUUAAAGCAUAUUCUGGAAACCUUGUGUACUGAUAGAGUCAGAAAAUGACCUCCUUUGUAAAACACGGGCUGUCUGAUCAUUCGAGACAGCCGCGACGUCGAAAACCUAGUUCAUGAUCCCAAGCGAAACGGACCGAUGGAGUUUAGGUCGCUCUACCCAAGGUGGAAACUUCAAUAAAAUAACAAUAAAAAAAGAAGAAGAAAUAAAAAAAAAGGUCAUAAAACAGAUUAGGAGUUGUGAGAGAGGUGAAUGUUUUCACAGAAAUCAAAAUGUUAUUUUUGUACAAUAUCACUUAGACUACUCUAAAACUAAUAAUAAUAAAAAAAACUAUCAUUUGCUUGUACUCUGUUUUUAAGUCGGAAGGUGAAUGCAAUUGAAGUUCUAGGACAUAGAAAUGUAAUUUUAAACUAUCAAUAAAUCUGGAGGAGGAAGGGGA